AUGGGCUUCCGAACGCUCGCCUUCACGUACAUCUUCGGCGGGCUUACAUUCCUCCCGCUGCUGCUCGCCGCGGUAUUAGCAGUAGCGUGGUACCUCCUCCCUCGCAGCGACACCAUCAAAACCGAAAGUCGAGAUGAUUUGAAGGACGUGGAUCCUGAAGAGCUUGCGAAAGAGACAACGAAGAAUGAGAGCAUCCGGAAAGAGGGCGUUGGAGAAGCGGCCGCGAAUGGAACAUUUGCCGUACUGAGGCACUACGAUUUCCAGGCGGCUGUAGCGGCAUUGAAUGCGCGGAAUAAUGGCAACGCGACGGGGAAUAGCAGCGGCCCCAGCCUCGACGGUGUCGCGGCUGGGGAUGGAGGACCUACUGGCUCGUCCGAAUCGGUGUACCAGAGCAUGUACCGUUCCGUCUUCGUAGGAAAUAAGAACACCGGCAGCAGCUCUCUUCUGGACCCAAAUGAUCCUCAGCUAGGCUCACCUGGUCGGCGCAAACCUGUUCCAGCCCACAUCAUGUACAUUGUCCUCCGCCAUGGCCACCUGAUGCUCUACGAUUCUCCCGCCCAAGUAGAAGUAAAACAUGUCAUCAGCCUGGCUCACCACAAGGUCACAUUGCAAGCUGGGAAGCACGGCGCAGAUGAACUUGACGAGAGGCAAAUCAUGGAGUCGGAUCUGUUCAUCAGACGCACAGCAAUUGUGCUGACGCCUGUGGAGCUCCCCAACGGCACCCUCCAGCAAUCGAAUACUCCAAAGCCGCCUAGGCCAUUCUAUCUAUUCGCCGCCUCUACCAUUGAGAAGGAAGACUUCUACCAUGCUCUCUUAUCAAGCCGCGAUAAACCGCCAAUUGCCCUACCGAUUGACUCUGACGCUCUUAUCAAGUUACAGUCGACGCUACAUUCAUCGUCGUUGACCCCGGAAACCCGCGCACUGAACGCUCUGCUCGGUCGUGUGUUCCUUGGCAUUCACAAGACAGAUGUGUUGAUCAACUUCAUUCGUGGAAAGAUAGAGAAGAAGCUUGCGCGCAUACAGAAGCCUACCUUCAUCCCUGUGUUGCAGAUUCGCUCCCUGGAUCUCGGUGAUGCUGGUCCUGUCCUUUCCAACCUGAAAAUGCGAGAUCUAAACAUCUCCGGCGACAUGACGCUCAGUGCCGAUCUUCGCUACAACGGCGGUCUUUCGAUCACCUUGCUGGCCGUCGCGAAAUUGGAUCUCGGCCAGCGUUUCAAGACGAGGACAAUAGAUCUGGCGUUGAAGGCUACGUUGCAAAGAAUACAAGGUCAGAUGUUGCUUCGCAUUAAGCCGCCGCCGUCAAAUCGAUCGUGGUUUACUUUUGAAACCAUGCCAGAGCUGGAACUGCGCGUUGAACCUGUCGUCAGCGAGCGCAAGAUCACGUAUGGUUUCGUCUUGAGGGCGAUCGAGGAGCGAGUGCGGUCUGCUUUUGCUGAAGGGCUUGUCAAGCCCAACUGGGAUGACGUGCCCAUGCCAUUCCAAGAUACGCGAGGAUGCCAUGCACGGGGGGGCACGUGGAGCGACCAAGGCGAGGAAGAUCACCCGGAAUUGCGUCGACCUGAUUCGUCUCGCAUACUCGCCGACCGCAAUGGCAAGACAUUGUCGACGCCAGACCUUGGCUCUGAACAGGAUACCGCCAUCUCCUCUGGUCUAGCGUCGAGCUCGGAGGUAAACAUUGCCAAGCUACGGCAUGCAUCGACCAUGCCAGUUAAUGCUCGCACUCUCGCGCGUCCUCCAGAGUCUACCAGUUCCAGUUCAACUGCUAUCGAAGCAAAUACAGACAGGAUCUCUUCGAGCACCCGUCCGCCCAAACCGCUACGCUCGUCCUCCAUCGCCUCGCCGUCUCCCAUUGUUGGCAUGGAUGAGCAGACUGUGGAGCCCGUGCGGGCAGACGAUGAGUCUCUUCGUCCAUCCACUACUCAAAGAACGCUUUGGUUGGGUAGAAGUGGAAUGCCGAAGCCGCCAACGCAAAAGGCUGCUCUGGAGGAAUUGAAAGAUAUUCGCGAUCGUGCAGAGCAACAGUCUACCAGUCCUUCCACGUUCGCUGCGGAGGAUAUGGAGCCGCGAUCUCGCUCGAAGCUAGGCGACGCAAAUGCAGACGCGGCGUCACUAUCUAAUGAUCAGCAGUCAGAUCGGACUGGCUCAACAAUCUCCAACCCGCCUCGUACCUUUUCCACUCGUGGUAUGGACUCUGGGCAAUCGACGUCGCCUUCUACAAGCUCUUCUGCGAGUGUUUCAAAGAGUCAGCAACCUCAGCAGAGAAAGACUACCAUACUCGCCGCGGCAGGCGCGGCCACUAACGCCGCACGUACGUGGGGAUGGAACACUUACCAAAAGAACAAGGCAGCUUACCAACAGCGACAAGCGAAACAAAACCAAGUUCCGAGUGAGCCAAUGGGGCGAGGACAGCCUCUUCCGCCACCGGGCGUUCCACUGCCUGGUCCGCAAAAAGGUCUCUGGGGAGGUGUUGGAAGCAUGGGAAGAAAGCCGUCUGGCGCUCCUGCCUUGCCAGCAAGAAGGCUUGACAAGGCCGCUGCUGCUGAUGUACCGAGCAUAGAAGGUAACGCUUCGAGCGAGGUUCGCCACAAGACCCAUAUCCCCCACGAUGGAAGGGAUGUAGAAGACGAGUUCGGCACAUGGCAAGAAAACCCUGGGGCGGGUGAUGGUAACGCUCAGAUCCCAGAUGCAAGUUCGGGAGAUUACGCGUAUCAAGACCAAGUCCAAGAAGACCUGCUUGACGUUGGCGCUGACGACGAAAAAGCUGCUGGCCAGGAGCAGGCGCCAGCGCAAGAGCGACGGAAGUUACCACCUCCUCUACCUGCACGCCGUCGGGAGAAUGCGCAAACACAGCAAUCGCAAACGACCGCCAGCGAGAGAGAGCAGACCUUUGCGCAUGGCUCGUCGGCCGACAGCUCAGCUGAAGAUGUUUCAAAUGCCCCGGCAUUACGAGUACCAGAAGCCGAAGUGAAUGCAAUCGCUGCCGAGAACUCUACUGACGAACUGGCUCAUGGCAUGAUGGACGACACAACGCAUGUGAACGACAUAGAUGCCGUGAAGACAGAGCUGCACUCAGAGACCGAUAAGAGUUCGGAAGGGUCAGGCGGAUGGAAGGCCAAAUCUCAGCAAGCUGAUUCAGGAGAAAGGCUGGGGCUCGAUCGGACAAAUACUGAAGAGCGUUUCAUGCGCGGCGAGGACGUUACUGAGGAGGAUUUCGAACGCGAUCAAGCCAAAGCCGACUUGGGCCACGGAGAAGGGGUAAUGGCAGAUCCCGAAGCCUUGACGUCCAUCACAUCGACCGACAAUCAGAACACAAGCCCCGAGGGAGACCUUGUAACGCAGCGUAUCCGAGCCCAAGUGCAGAAGCAUAGUCAGGCAAGCAGAAGUCCUCCAAAGAACUGGCACGGCGCUCCUCAGGGUACUGCUGUGGAUUCUGAAGAUAAAUGA